CCCAACACCAUGGCUCUCUAUGAGUCUAAGACCGAGCUCUGGGACCUGGACAUCAAUGUGAUCCAGCCAGAAGGGAAAGGUCCAGAUCCAGCCACAGAUGGAAACAGCAGUACCGAGCCGUUCAGGGAUGCGUUCCAACGUUAUAUCCAGCCCUGUCUGGCAGAGCUGCUGGGUUCAUCUCUGUUUAUCUUUGUGGGGUGUCUGUCUGUGAUCGAGAACACAGAGGGCACCGGAAGGCUGCAGCCGGCCCUGGCACACGGCCUGGCCCUGGGCAUCGUUAUCGCCGUGCUGGGGGAGAUCAGUGGGGGGCACUUCAACCCAGCAGUGUCUGUGUCUGUGUUUCUGAUCGGGGGUCUCAACAUAAUACUGCUGGUCCCCUACAUACUGGCUCAGAUGUGUGGAGGGAUGAUAGGGGCAGGACUAGCCAAGGUGAUUUCCCCAUCCAUGAACUAUGCCAAAGUUUCAGGGGCAGCAUUCGACACAGUGCAGGCCGACACCCAGAUAGUACCAGCCACAGUGGCAGAGGUGAUCAUGACUCUGUUCCUGACGAUGGUGGUGUGUAUGGGGGCCGUGAAUGGACGCACGCGCAGCCUGUUGGCCCCUCUCUGCAUCGGGCUGACCGUGACCGCAGACAUCCUGGCUGGGGGAGCAGUGUCUGGGGCAUGUAUGAACCCAGCUCGUGCCUUUGGCCCGGCCGUGGUGGCCGACUACUGGAGCUAUCACUGGAUCUACUGGGUGGGACCCAUGUCUGGAGCCCUGCUAACCGCCAGCUUCAUACGAUUACUGCUUGGGGAUGAGAAAACCAGAGUUCUCUUGAUGUGAUACAGAUGUAGGUUUCCAGUUCAAGUCCAGAAAAAAGUCAAUUUCCAAAAUCCACAUAAAUUCUAACAGUAUUUUGUGUUACUAUUUCCAUGUCUCUUAGUUUAAAAUAAUCUUACCAAUGUAACUUUAUUCUAUACCGGUAUAUAUAGAUUAUCUAUUGUCCAUAAAUGCAAUCUAUUUUAUUC